AAUAUCGUCAUAGUUACAGCGUCAUGGCGUCUACUUCUCGGAUGAGUGUAGCUGUACAAGAUGCAAAUGCACAGAAGAAACCAAAGUUAACAGAGAUAAUCCCCCCUCUUGAUUUUUCAUUUCUUCAUUUAGGAAGUUUAGAAGAAUGUGAAAAAGAAGAGCCCAGAGAUUUAUCUCCUCACAAAGCUCUAGUUAAGAAAAAGUCAACUACACAGACAAAAGAAAAGUCUCAGAGCUUGGGUUUAAAAUUAAACAACAAUACCCUAAAAGAAAUCAGCAAUCUUGUACCCCUAGCCACCAGCUUGUUUGAUAAUGUGGCUAACAUAAGUUGGAUUGAUCUUUCCUGUAAUUUUCUAUCUAUUAUAGAUCCUGUACUCACCCAGUUUGAAAAUCUGAAGAUACUUUACCUUCAUGGGAACAGUAUAGCUGAAAUGAAGGAAGUCAACAAACUUUCUUCUCUUCAAAAGCUGUGGAAACUAACAUUGCAUGGGAAUGAAAUUGAAAACAUUAAGGGUUACAGAUUUUUUGUGUUGGCUGCACUUCCCAAUCUAGUCAGCUUUGAUUUUAGCACGGUAACCAAGGGCGACAGGGUCACUGCAGCGACUUUCAAAAGCUUCUACGGAUCAGACAAAAAGAAACAAAUAAAGAGAGAAAGUUGAGGGAAAGAAAGAAAUCAUUUUCAGAAGGAGGACAAUGUUUACUAGAAAAUCACCAUCAUCCUUGUUUAACUUGAAAUUUAGCUGUCUCAAAAAUUUAGAUGGCCUGUUACAUCAGAUAUUGACAGCAAAUUAAUAAAUUGAGCCUCAGUUGUUUGUUUUUAGAGUUACAAUACAACAGUAAACAUCAGGUAAAAUAAGCUAUAUUCUGUUUUUAUAAGUCUGUACACCAUUGUUUUACUUGUGUUUCAAGACCUUAUGAGUAGUUGUGAGAAGCAAAUUGUUUGGUGAACUCAUGUAAAUAGGUUAUUGUUAUUUAACAUGAAGCUGUUAACUGUGUAAAUAGAGCCACUAUAUAUAUCUUAUGCUGUCAUAAAUAGUUUUUUUUUUUAAUUGUAUUCAUCCAAAACAUAAAAAGUAACCUUUCACAUUGUUUAGUACUAAUAUAAAAUGUGUAUAAUAGGGAAAAUGAGGAUUAUAACCUCUUUUUUAAAAGUUCAGGGGUUACAAUUGGAAAACUAAAUGAAAAAAAAUAUUGAAGGAGACUUCAAAAAAUUGUAAAACAUUUAAGUGUUUGAUUGCAAUAAAAAAAUUAUUAUA